UUUGACGAUCCUAGAAGCUAAAAUCAACCAAUCAGAAGAAAGCACUCGGAUCGCUGCUCAUUCACUUUGUCUGUUAUAAAUACCCCCGAAUAUUUCUUCCUCAUUCUCAUAUCAUUAUACUUUAUUCAGAACAGAUUCCCUUCUCUUCUUUCGUUCAGAUCAAUUUGAAGCUAUGGCUCGUACUAAGCAAACCGCUCGCAAAUCUACAGGAGGGAAAGCUCCAAGGAAACAGUUAGCAACUAAGGCUGCAAGAAAGUCUGCACCAACCACUGGUGGAGUGAAGAAGCCCCAUCGUUACCGCCCUGGUACUGUUGCUCUAAGGGAAAUCAGGAAGUACCAGAAAAGCACUGAGCUCUUGAUACGUAAGCUUCCAUUUCAACGCCUUGUUCGUGAAAUUGCUCAAGAUUUCAAGACUGAUUUGAGGUUCCAGAGUCAUGCUGUCCUUGCACUUCAGGAGGCUGCUGAGGCUUACCUUGUGGGACUUUUUGAAGAUACCAACUUAUGUGCUAUUCAUGCCAAGAGGGUGACCAUAAUGCCUAAAGACAUCCAACUUGCAAGGCGUAUUCGUGGGGAGCGUGCUUAGGUUGUCAAUUAAUCUUUUGAUUUCCCAUAUGCCAUAUGGUUAAAUUUUCCUUUUAGUUCUUGCGGUGUUAAUAUAAGCAUGUUUUAGUUUCUAUGAUGCAAAGACAAGACAAUUUCAAACUCAAUAGGUCGUUAUCUUUCACAACUAUUUCAUUGAAUUAAUAAUUUCUCUUUCUUUUCUUUUUGGUGGGAAUGGGAAUUAAUGAAUGAAGCAGAUCAUUCCCUUUCUUUCAUCUUUUAGUUUUAUGUGUUGUUAAUGCGACUAUGAUAUCAAUUUUAUCCAUGCGUAACUUUGUAGGCGGAAA